CACUUGGCCAAAGGCAAAAAGAGAAGGCAGGAAGGGACAGGAAAAAUGGACAAACGUUCACGGAGAAUCCGGGUUGGAAAGGGAAGGGAGAGAGUGCUGAUACGUUGCAGAGAUUCUAACCAAUGUCACAAAACAAUUUGUGUCUAAAUUUUUAAACGAGAAACUAAUUUGCGCUGUAAACUUUCACCUAAAACGCAAUAAGAUUAAUAAUAAAAAAAAAAUUCAAGGUACAGUGAUUAGGUCCCGAGACUGCUCUUAACUACUAUACAAUAAACUGGAAUGAUUUAUCUGAAAAAAAAAAAAAACCUAUUUCAAAGUUAAGUGGGUCUUAUUCUGGAUUAAAUUCACUCAACCAUUAUUAGUAUCAUAUUUAUAGUUAUUAUUAUUACACAAGUAGUACAGGUGCAUGGAAGGAAAAGUAGAAAAUACAGAGAAGCACAAAAAGAAAUCCCUACUACUAAUAUUUCUAUCCCUCUGUCAGAAGUUUGCCGGUAUUCUCAGUCUGUCAAAUUUCGUGCGGCUAAUUCUAACAGGGAUUUUCUUCCCCCUCCCCCAUUCCCAGGGAUAGAGUCUGCUCUACCCCAAGCUGCACGCUCUCCCAUUCACACUUUUGGAGCUCAAGCACUGCGCUUCUCCUUUGACAGACACCGGCUCCCUGCAGCACAAACCCGGAAACGCUCAGCGCUUCCGGCAGCCAGUGGAUUGGAAGCUGGCUGCUGCACCGGGCAUGCGCAGAAGCAAAGUGUGCGGAGGACCGGGGCCUUAGCCACAAGCGCAGGCGCAGAAGCGGCAGGAGGGCUGUGGGUUCAUUCCUUGUCUACCAGGCUUUCUUCACGUUCUCCCUGGACCCGGGUUACGACCGCACGUGACCCCUCAACCCAGAUCCCAGGCAACUAUGGAAAAUGCCAACGGUACUAAUCAGAGCAUGACUGAGAAGUCUCCUCCAGCUGAGGUGGGAAUGGAGAGCAUUAUUGACCAGGUGACUCAGGAAGAACAAGGGCAACUUCUUUUUCAUGAGGAAACCAUUGACCUCGGUGGAGACGAAUUUGGGUCUGAAGAGAAUGAGACUGUAUCAGAAGAUUCUAAUAACUUCAUAGAUAAGCUUAAUGAGCAAAUGAUGGAAAGUGUCCUCAUUUCUGACUCUCCUAAUAACAGUGAAGAUGAUGUGGGCGAACUUGGUUGUUUGCAGGAUGUUGUGGAGCCGGUAGAAAGUGAAGUGGAUAACAGAAUAGAAAAUAUAGAUAAAGAAGAAAUUGAUACCCUGAGUAAUAUCAGUGAAACUGACCGUGAUGAUACACCUAAAGAUGUCUCUGACAUGACCCCUGAUAGCAGAGCCUCUUUGAAAGAAGACCCAACACUAGAAGUAAAAGGCAUGCCCGUAUUUGAAAGUGAAGAUGCAGCUGACUCAGUCCCAAGUGAUGAAAAAACUAACCCAGAGGAACAGAUAUCAGAAAUGUCUUCCAGUCAGUCUUCUUCUAAAGAUGAGCCUGUCCCCAUGUGCACCAUUUUCAGUCAAUCAAACACAGCUAAUUCCCAGCCUCACCUGUUUCUUCAUGACGGCUUUGAGUCUCAGAUGGUGAAAUCUCCUAGUUUCAGCAGUGCAAGUGAAACUUCAGCCAAGACACCUCCUCAGAUGGUUCAGCCAAGUCCCAGCCUGAGUAAAUUUUUUGGAGAUACGACCAACACGAAUUCCUUGGCUUCUGACUUCUUUGAUUCAUUUACUACAUCCACUUUCAUUUCUGUCAGUAAUCCGAAUGCAGGCUCUUCAGUCCCAGAAAAGUUGUCUUCACUCACCACUCAAGGGGGAGAUAAAUCCCCUGAUUCUGCUGAUCCUUCUUACUCUCCAGGGAUUGACAGAUCAGAGUCGGGUAUUUCUACAGCCUCUCUAGAAAUUUCUCAGUCACCAAAACCAUUUUCACAGAUACGAGCUGUAUUUGCAGGGAGUGAUGACCCCUUUGCCACAGCCCUGAACAUGAGUGAAAUGGACCGAAGAAAUGAUGCAUGGCUUCCUAGUGAGGAGACCAGGAAUGUUUUGAUUUCUGUAGCAACUCAGCAGUAUAGCACGGUGUUCAUAGACAAGGAGAAUCUCACCAUGCCAGGCUUAAAGUUUGACAACAUUCAGGGAGAUGCAGUUAAAGACUUAAUGCUUCGCUUCCUGGGUGAGCAAGCUGCAGCAAAGAGACAAGUAUUAAAUGCCAACUCAGUAGAACAAUCUUUUGUUGGAUUGAAACAGCUAAUUAACAGCAAAAACUGGAGGGCAGCAGUUGACCUUUGUGGACGCCUUCUUACAGCCCAUGGUCAAGGCUAUGGCAAGAGCGGGCUGCCUACCAGUCAUACAACCGAUUCAUUGCAGCUUUGGUUUGUGAGACUGGCACUACUGGUGAAGUUGGGCCUUUUCCAGAAUGCUGAGAUGGAAUUUGAACCCUUUGGAAAUCUAGAUCAGCCAGACCUUUAUUAUGAAUACUAUCCUCAUGUGUAUCCUGGGCGUAGGGGCUCCCUGGUUCCCUUUUCCAUGCGGAUCUUACAUGCGGAACUUCAGCAGUAUCUGGGAAGUCCCCAGGAGUCACUUGAUAGAUUGCACAGAAUGAAAACCAUCUGCAGCAAGAUUCUAACAAAUUUGGAGCAAGGCUUAGCUGAAGAUGGGAGCAUGAGUAACAUUACACAAGAGAACAGAAAAGCCUCUAUUCAGCUGUGGAGGUCACGUCUGGGCCGGGUGAUGUACUCUAUGGCAAACUGUCUGCUAAUGAUGAAGGAUUAUGUGCUUGCCGUGGAUGCCUAUCAUUCGGUUAUCAAAUAUUACCCAGAGCAAGAGCCUCAGCUGCUGAGUGGGAUUGGACGCAUUUUUCUUCAGAUUGGAGACAUAAAAACGGCUGAGAAGUAUUUUCAAGACGUUGAGAAAGUAACACAGAAAUUGGACGGACUACAGGGUAAAAUCAUGGUUUUAAUGAACAGAGCUUUCCUUUACCUCGGUCAGAAUAACUUUGCAGAAGCCCACAGAUUCUUCACAGAAAUCUUACAGAUUGAGCCAACAAACGCAGUGGCUAAUAACAAUGCUGCCGUGUGUCUGCUCUAUCUGGGGAAGCUGAAGGAGUCCCUCCGGCAGCUGGAAGCAAUGGUACAGCAGGAUCCUAAGCACUACCUGCAUGAGAGCGUGCUUUUCAAUUUGACGACCAUGUAUGAGCUGGAGUCCUCCCGGAGUAUGCAGAAGAAGCAGUCGCUGCUGGAGGCCGUCGCUCUCAAGGAAGGAGACAGCUUUAACACGCAGUGUCUCAAGUUAGCAUAGGUCAUUUCCUUGUGUCAAGUCCCUUCCCGAAUGCCUGGGGUUUUUAUAAACUAAACUGGAGCUAAUAUAUGAAUGCAACUCUGACUCAAUAAAGUCUCUUCCAUUGUUGUUGCGGAGAGUGUCUUCUUGAUCUUGACCCACAACCUGGGCUUAGGCUGUUCUGGCAGUUGGUCAGCCAGCUCAAUCCCCCAGCUCUGCCACCACGUACGGACCAAAGGGAGUAAACAUACUGUUAGAAUGGUAUUCACCGAUAGGGAAAAUCCAUGUUAUGCACUGAUCUCUUUUGUUUAUUCUUGGAAGCUAACCAGCUUCAUUUAUUAAUUUCUGGAUAUCCUCAGAGGAAAAACUGAAAACUCUAAUAGAAACCAUUCUCACUGUAUGCCUGAAUGCUCGAGGGAUUUAUAAAUCAUGGAAGAGAAAUACCAAACGUAGAUUGCCAUCCCUCUUCUACCUUUCAUUGUCUCCAACCCCACCCCAAAACCAAAGGCAGCAAUUUUAUUCAUCUGAUUCUUUUUCAGCCUUAUGCUGAAACCUUGGACUAGCCUUGUGAUGGCUGAAAAAAUCCAUCAUUAUUUCUCCUGUACCUUAUACAUCAUAUGGAGAGAGUGGGAGUGGCUGCAUUUAGGGGGAGUGGGGAGAACAAAGAAAUUCAUAGCGCAUAAUAAAAAAAGGCGAGUCCUUAAAAUAUAUAUAAACAGGGGCAUUAAGAGGUGCUUG